AUUAGUAUUCUGUGACAGACACAAAAUACUUUAUUAGUGAGGUCUGUGGGUUACUUGGGUAGUAUGUAACAUUUGUACUUCUAGAUUUUUGUAUUAAACAGACGUCAAAACAUUCCGUUCACUUUUAAUUAUUGCCCAUAUAAUUGAACAUUUAUUAGCAAGAGAUUUUCACAAUAAAGUUUCAUAUUUUCAAUUUGAAGAACCACUGUUCGUAGUAGAAAGAAUAAUUUAUCUGGAAAACUAGAAUGACAUCACAACCAAAAAAAUCAGAGAAGAGAUUCGCUCCUCUAUCUCCUCCACCAAUAUUAGACAUAUCAGAUGACGAUUUAGUGUCAAUUUCCGUUAGAGACCUUAACAGACAUUUAAAGUUAAAGGGGCUUACAAAAGAUGACAUUGUUCGCAUGAAACAAAGGCGAAGAACUUUAAAGAACAGAGGUUAUGCUGCAUCAUGUAGGAUAAAGCGAAUAGAACAAAAAGAUGAGUUGGAAGUAGAAAAAUCACAGGAAUGGAAGGACUUAGAAGUCAUGCAAGAUGAACUUCCCCAAAUGAGGGAAGAAAUGAAUAACAUCAGAAGUCAAUAUGAUGCUCUAAAGCAAUUUGCUUUGAGGAAUAAAAUAUCUAUUCCUCCAGAAUUGGAACAUUUGUGAUGUUAGUUAGGAAGUUGUUGUUUUUUCUUUUUCACCUUAGUAAUAAUUUUAAAUAACAGUUAUCACUUGUUGAACUCCAGUCUGUUAUAACUGGUGUCAUUGAUAUGAGUAGAUAAAGAAUUGGCAAUUUGGUUAUAACCAACUGGAGUUGUGGAACUAUCUAUUAUAAUGAUGUCUAUAUUAUAUAAGUUUGCUGUAUAAUAAAUUAAUUAAAUAUGUUUUUUUUUAAUAAAUAAUAUUAAAUUUC